GUUCUCUGGGCUAGCACUUGCGUACCUCUAUUGCUGAUUCGCGCCACCGUACGGCAACACAGCAAGCCCACCUACCAGCAUAGUGGUGGUUCGCAUUGCUUCAGGGGCCUUUGGUCCGGACCCCACUCUUUUACAUGACUUGUCCCAUUUCCUGUAGUCUCUCCAGGUAACGUUGUAGUGGCUGCCAGGCCGCCAGGACGCCGCCACACCACAAUCAUGAGACCUGCACAUGCAUCGCCAAACGCUCCAUCUUCUUCAAAGCGACCCCGUGUUGACAGCAAUGGAAUUGAGGAACCGGCGACCAGGCGCCGACUCCGAGUCAGCGAGGCCUGCGAUACUUGUCGCAUUCGAAAGGAUCGUUGCGACGGUGGCCGGCCUACUUGCAACAACUGUCUGCAUGCCAGACGCGAUUGCAGCUAUCGACCCACCAAAAAACGUGGUCUGAGGACUGGGUACGUUCGAGCAUUGGAGACCCUGCUUGGACUACUCCUCAGUAACGUGCAAGGCCUUGAUCCAUGGGUGACAUCUUUGUUUGAGGGGCAAGAAGUGGUUCCUUCGUUCCAGUUCAGUCAACUCGAAAGCGAACCCACAGCCGCGUCAGUCGAAGCCUUCAUCGAUACUUGGCGGAAAAGCACAUUGCUGAAACGGAUCGAGCAUGCCUUGUCCGCGGAAAGUAACGACGACAGUGACGGCACUGAAUCUGGCAAUGUUUUCGACCGGAAGGCAUUACAAGCAUCCGUUCUCGCUGCUAACAUGCUUCGUAUGUGCGACACUGCGACUCAAGAGAUCUUCGAUGCUUCUCUUCCGACACCCAUGGAGUCCCAAAUAGCUUCACGCAUGCUUCAGAUUGAAGGCCCUAUCACUCGACCUCGCUCACCGUAUCGUAACAAUUGUCCUACCGAGGCUCUGACAGAAUUUGAGCCGAUUGUUCUGUUACCAUCAGACCUAGACUCAUCCUCAGACGCUCGUAAUGACACCGUUUGUCAAACAGCUGGCGUUUCUCUACCGGUCAAUUGGCGGUCCCUACUCGACAUUUACUUCUCUACAACACACUGCUGGCUUCCUAUGUGUCAAAAACAUGAGUUGCUGCGCACAGCCUAUGUAAUGGCUGGCGAAUCUGUCGGCCAGCCUGCAGGAGCUCCAACAUCUCUGGGCGAGCGCGCUUUCUUGACGGCAAUCUUUUCAUAUGCCACAUUCCUACAAGAUUCUGAGGACGCUGGGACGGCUGUUACCAAGGAACCUACAGUUGUGGAGCGAGCAGUAGCCAGCUGGACUGCUGUCAGAGUCCUGUUACCCGAUGACUUCGACGCCUACGAAAUCGGACAUGUACGCACUCUGCUGAUAUUGACUUUGAUGAACAUCGCUUGCGGCGACCGAAAACAGUCCUGGAUCAGUAUCGGUAGCGCCGUGUAUCACGUAACAGUACUGGCUAAGCCCUAUCUUCAACAAAAAAGGUCCACUAAAGAUCUUGAUGAGGGUACACGACGAAUACUACUGUGCUGCAUGAGCCUGGAUUGUCUCGUAGCUGCAUGGAUGGGCAUCCGACCUUACUUCACACGCUCAGAUAUAUGCAACGUAGGACCUCUCCUGGCUGACAGCUUAGAAGAGUGGGAGCCAUGGAAGUCUCACGACCCCUUAAUCAACGUCGAAUCCAACCCCCAAGCUCCAAGUCGAAGUCUCAGCACAUUCAACGCGGUCAUUGAUUCUGUGAGCGUUCUCAAUGACUUGCUGAGAGUCUCUAAUGGGAGUCUGGCCAGGAAGUGCUCUCAUCUCUCACAGGAAAUCACCUCAGACUGGUCACAGCGUAUCCCCUCCACCCCAGAUUCCAUGGAAACGUCUCGUAACCCGCAGCAGUUCAGUUGCUACUUGCUUGCUAACUCUGUCAGAGAGCUGAUCAGGCUCCACACAGAAUAUGGAGCAUCUGAUCAAACACAUCAGAGUAACCCCAGCUUGCUAUCUUCGAUUGACAGUGUCUCCCAAGAUUUUGUCAAGGUCACGGGAAAGAUAUUCGUUGCCCCCAUCUGCAGGAUCUCUCUGUUUUUGCUGCGUCUCUCAAAGGAUCCUGGCUCCCAGCCAAGGGGUGAAUUUGGAAAAGAGCUCGAAAGCCUGAGAGACUGGCCCAAUUUCUUACAAAGCAAGAGAAUCUUGAACGCACAUGAUACACAGACCGAACUAUCCCUGAGAAACCAACAUCAGCUCCAUGAAACUGAGGGCCACAUUGAAUCUCAUGAUCGAACAAAUGAGCACCCGGACUUACUAGGGACUUGGUCCGAGAAACGCGGCGACGAACUCAGCUCACGACAGGCCGUCAAUUACCUGAACCCAGAAGACACUGUUCUCGCUCCCGCUGGGGCUACCAUUCACGACCAGUCGAUAUCCUUUUCCAAUAUGAGUCCGCUGACUUUGAUGCCUACGACAGGCUCUAACGGCAUAGAAGUUGCUCUGUCUGAAGACGACCUUUUUCAAAAUCUGGCGAGUCUGGACUCUGCCGAUUGGUUGGCGAAUCUCCCUGACUUUAUGAUGCACCUUGGCGCUCCGAAUUGUUCCAUUAGCAGCAUGGACAAGUUCCUCGAUGUGGACCCUAGUUGACAUAGUCACCAUACUGCAUUGGGUUAGCAGGCGGCCUUGAACUUUGCCGACUCUUACUGCACGUUUAAUGGACAGCGUCACGACCUUGUUACCAUUCAAUCCGCAACCCUAGUCUACACCCUCCAUUCUGUCACAAAAAGUCAUUGAAGAAGAUUGCAGCGCACAAUGACCGCUUUCAAACCCGCCAUCCUAUCUGCAUCGCUCGGUCGUGCUUGGCUACAUGAUUUCGAGAAAAAGGUGCAACACGCUGCAGAAAAAGGCUUUGAAGGCAUCGAA